CGUCUGCUUACACCCCGUAUCGGACAGCUGAAUGAUAUGUGACGAGCAACUCAACGUGGAUUUACCUUCUGCUUGCAUUGCAAACAAUCGGUCAGGCAAGGGCAUCGCUGCUAGGCUAUGGCAAGACCUGCGCGAGGAAACCAGCCAGGGGCAUCAGAGCUCUUCAAAGUUCCCAAUCAGUAGAUUUGUUCAUGAUCUUGCCUUGUGCUCCAUGACUGUGAGAUAUUUUUCAUGAAAUAUGGAGCAGAUGGAUAGCAAACCUUAUCAGCCUUUAUCGAAAGUGAAGCAUGAAAUGGAUCUUGCCUACACAAGUUCUUCAGAGGACAGUGAAGACGAGCAAAAGCCUAGACAAUCGUACAACUCCAGAGAAACCCUUCAACAAUGUACCCAGGAAAUAAGACUUAACUAUAACAGCCAUAGCAACAGAAAGCGACAAGUCAUUGAGGAGCCCAGUCAAGAGAUGGAAUUCUGUGAAGCUCCACACAUACUAUGUUCCGGCUAUCAGACCAACCUACACAGUGUUUCUGAGCAUGGCUACCCAAUUGAAAUGGGUUCUGAUGUGGAUACAGAGACAGAAGGCGCUCCUUCGCCAGAUCGUGCCCUGAGGAUGUGGAUGAGGGAAAUGAAAUCCGAACACAGCUCCUGCAUGUCAAGUCGAGCCAAUUCUGCAUUAUCCCUGACGGACACUGACCACGAAAGAAAGUCUGACGGGGAGAAUGACUGGACUAGACUAUUAGACUGUGGGACCUGUUCACCAAAAAAGAUCCCUGGUAGCCCACGGAACCAGUUUACCUUCAGGCCCCUUCCUCCUCCACCACCUCCGCCACAUGCUUGCACCUGUAGCCGACAAACUUCCCAGACACUGGAUACUCUCCAGAGGAGCUCAAUGACAUUGCGCAGUCAGCCAAGUCCAGCUGCUUCGAAUCCUCCCUCUAGUACUCAAGAUUCAGUGCACCUGCAUAACAGCUGGGUUCUUAACAGCAACAUCCCACUGGAGACCAGGUCUACAAUGAGGAUUCAAGGGUAUCAGCUGACCACAUUGGAACCAGGAAAAAGACAUUUCCUUUUCAAGCAUGGAUCUGGCUCAUCACCUAUAUUCAGUGCUGCCAAUCAAAACUACCCUUUAACAUCGAACACGGUUUACUCACCACCUCCCCGACCUCUGCCCAGGAGUACCUUCUCUAGGCCUACCUUUACAUUUAACAAAUCGUACCGUUGCUGUAACUGGAAAUGCACAGCAUUGAGUGCUACGGCUAUUACAGUGACUCUGGCUCUGCUGCUAGCUUAUGUUAUAGCAGUUCACUUGUUCGGUUUAACUUGGCAACUUCAGCCUGUUGAGAGUCGGCUUUAUGAAAACGGCAUCAGUAAGGCAAACCAUCGGGAGGAAUCCACAGACACGACUUACUCACCGACCGGAGGAAAGAUUUCUGAUAAAGCAGAGAAAAAAGUGUAUCAGAGAGGAAAAGCAAUAGACUCAGGAGAAGUCGAUAUUGGAAAGCAAAUCAUGCAGACAAUCCCGCCAGGUUUAUUCUGGCGUUUUCAGAUAAUGAUCCACCACCCACUGUAUUUGAAAUUCAAUGUUUCUUUGGCUAAGGACUCAUUGCUUGGAAUAUACGGAAGGAGAAAUAUCCCACCAACACACACUCAGUUUGAUUUUGUGAAGCUGAUGGACGGCAAGCAUUUGAUGAAACAAGAACCAAAAAACGCAGAAAAUCCCCAGCACGCACCUCGAAGUCUCAUUUUGCAAUCCUUACAAGUAACCGGCUUCAUCGAAUACAUGGAUCAAGGAGCGUGGCAUUUAGCGUUUUACAAUGAUGGAAAGAAGAUGGAGCAAGUAUUUGUAUUAACGACUGCCAUUGAAAUGAUGGAUGAUUGUUCAACCAACUGCAAUGGAAAUGGGGAAUGCAUUUCAGGACAUUGUCACUGCUUUCCGGGAUUCCUUGGACCGGAUUGUUCUCGAGAUUCCUGUCCGGUACUGUGCAGUGGUAAUGGAGAAUAUGAAAAAGGGCACUGUGUUUGUCGCAGUGGGUGGAAAGGUGCGGAGUGUGAUGUUCCGGAGGAACAAUGUAUUGACCCAACCUGCUCUGGUCAUGGGACGUGCAUAAUGGGAGUCUGUAUUUGUGUACCAGGGUAUAAAGGAGAAAUCUGCGAAGAAGAAAACUGUAUUGAUCCAAUGUGCUCGGACCAUGGCGUAUGUGUGCAGGGAGAGUGCCAUUGUACUGCCGGCUGGGGAGGAGUGAACUGUGAAUCAGCUCUAGCACUGUGCCAGGAGCAAUGUUCUGGCCAUGGGACCUUCCUCUUGGAUAGUGGCGUCUGCAGCUGUGAGCCACUCUGGACGGGAGCAGAUUGUUCUACAGAGUUGUGCGCAGUGGACUGUGGAAGUCAUGGCGCGUGCACAGGAGGGGUCUGUCAAUGUGAAGAUGGCUGGGGAGGACCAAGCUGUGACGAACGCACAUGUCACCCAAUCUGUGCUGAACAUGGACAUUGUAAGGAUGGAAAAUGUGAAUGUAGCCCAGGCUGGGAGGGAGAACAGUGUACCAUUGCACACUAUUUAGAUGCCGUCAGAGAUGGCUGCCCAGGCCUUUGCUAUGGAAAUGGCAGAUGUACCCUUGAUCAGAACGGCUGGCAUUGUGUGUGCCAAGUUGGCUGGAGCGGAACUGGCUGUAAUGUCAUCAUGGAAAUGCUUUGUGCUGACAACAUAGAUAACGACGAAGAUGGACUGGCAGAUUGUGUGGACCCUGACUGCUGCCAACAAGCCAAUUGCUUCUCUAGUACUCUCUGUCAAGGUUCACCUGACCCUCUGGACCUUAUCCAACAAACUCAGCCACCAUUCUCCCAGCACCCCCCAAGGCUCUUCUAUGACCGAAUAAGGUUCCUUAUAGGGAAGGACAGCACUCACGUUAUUCCAGGAGAAAUUCAUUUUGAAAGCAGUCGUGCCUGUGUCGUUCGGGGUCAAGUUGUAGCAGUUGAUGGGACACCACUAGUAGGGGUCAAUGUCAGCUUCGCUCACCACAGUGAUUAUGGCUACACUAUCAGUCGGCAGGAUGGAAGUUUUGAUCUUGUUACCAUCGGUGGAAUCUCUGUCACUCUACUUUUUGAGAGAUCCCCCUUUUUUCCUGUGAAGAGGACAUUGUGGCUGCCGUGGAAUAAAUUCAUUGUAGUCGAUAAAGUGGUGAUGCAGCGAGAACAUACAGAAACUCCAUUGUGUGACAUGAGUAGUUUUAUCAGCCCAAAUCCAGUUGUUCUUCCAUCACCCUUAACAACUUUUGCCGGUUCUUGUCCAGAACGAGGAUCUAUUAUUCCUGAACUACAGGUUGUGCAGGAGGAAAUUCCUAUCCCAUCCAGUUUUGUGAAGCUCAGCUACUUGAGCAGUCGAACAUUUGGAUACAAGAGUCUUGUCCAUGUAAUUCUGACCCAUGCCACCAUCCCUGUGGGUCUCAGUAAGGUGCAUCUGACAGUCGCCGUAGAAGGCAGACUUACACAGAAAUGGUUUCCUGCAGCUGUUAAUUUGUUCUACACGUUCGCCUGGAACAAGACAGAUAUUUACGGCCAAAAGGUCUCAGGACUAACAGAGGCAUUAGUAUCAGUAGGAUAUGAAUAUGAAUCUUGCCAAGACCUUGUGUUGUGGGAGAGAAGAACAGUUACCUUACAAGGUUUUGAGAUGGAUGCUUCAAACCUUGGCGGAUGGUCCUUUAACAAGCAUCACAUUUUAAAUCCCCAAAAUGGAAUUUUGCACAAAGGAGAUGGAGAGAAUAUAUUUAUAUCUCAGCAACCUCCGGUGAUCUCCACUCUGAUGGGAAACGGUCAACAGAGAAGCCUUUCCUGCUCCAAUUGCAAUGGGCCAGUGUAUAACAACAAACUUUUUGCUCCAGUUGCUAUGGCAACAGGACCAGACGGCAGCAUAUACAUUGGGGAUUUUAACUUUGUAAGAAGAAUACAUCCAUCUGGAAAUGUCAUCAGUAUUUUAGAACUUAGAAACCGUGAUACAAGACACAGUACUAGUCCAGCCCAUAAGUAUUACUUGGCAGUGGACCCAGCCUCAGAAGCUCUUUAUCUCUCAGAUACAAAUACUAGAAAAGUCUACAAAGUGAAGUCUCUUACUGAUGUGAAGGACCUGGCAAAGAACUAUGAAGUCAUUGCAGGGACUGGAGAUCAAUGCCUUCCAUUUGACCAGAGUCAUUGUGGGGAUGGUGGAAAAGCAUAUGAAGCUAGUCUCAACAGUCCAAGAGGCAUUACUGUGGAUGGACACAGCUUCAUUUAUUUUGUUGAUGGCACCAUGAUUCGUAAAAUUGACGACAGAGGCGUGAUUUCAACAGUUAUAGGCCUUAAUGGGCUCACGUCUACUCAACCACUGAGCUGUGACUCCGGCAUGGACAUCAGUCGGGUGCGACUAGAAUGGCCAACAGACCUUGCAGUCAACCCCAUGGAUAAUUCAUUGUAUGUUUUGGAUAAUAACAUCGUGCUGCAGAUUUCUGAUAAUAAUCAAGUUCGAAUAAUUGCUGGCCGGCCCAUACAUUGCCAGGUUCCAGGUAUUGACUACUUCCUUGUCAGCAAAGUAGCAAUCCAUUCCACUUUGGAAUCGGCCAGAGCCAUCUCUGUAUCACACAGUGGAGUCCUGUUUAUCGCUGAAACAGAUGAAAGGAAGAUCAACAGGAUACAGCAAGUCACCACAAAUGGAGAGAUGUCCACUUUAGUUGGGGCCCCAUCCGACUGUGACUGCAAAAUCGAUCCAAACUGUGAUUGCUUUUCAGGUGAUGGUGGGUUUGCAAAGGACGCUAGGCUAAAAGCACCUUCGUCGUUAGCUGUGUCUCCAGAUGGUACACUGUACAUAGCAGAUCUUGGAAACAUACGAGUCCGUGCAGUUAGCAGAAACAAACCUCACCUGAAUUCUAUGAAUAUUUAUGAAGUUGCUUCACCAGCAGAUCAAGAAUUAUAUCAGUUCAGCACAAAUGGGACCCACCUCAAUACACUCAAUCUGAUAACUAGGGACUACGUUUACAAUUUCACCUAUAAUAGUGAUGGCGAUAUCACUUCCAUCACCAGCAGUAAUGGUAAUUCUGUGCACGUCCGCAGAGAUGCUGGAGGAAUGCCUCUAUGGCUGGUGGUACCAGGAGGUCAGGUCUAUUGGCUCACUAUCAGCAGCAAUGGGGUUUUGAAAAGAAUUUCUGCUCAAGGCUACAACCUUGCUCUAAUGACCUACCAUGGAAACACGGGACUUCUGGCAACAAAGAGUAACGAGAAUGGCUGGACUACUGUUUAUGAAUAUGACCUUGAAGGACAUUUAACAAACGCAACAUUCCCAACUGGAGAAGUAAGCAGUUUUCACAGUGACAUGGAAAAAUAUGCUCGGGUCAAAUUAGACACUUCGAACAGAGAAAACGUUGUGACCACAACCAACAUAUCUGCAACUAGCACCGUAUAUGCAUUAAAACAAGAAAAUACUCUAAAUACAUAUCGAGUCAAUCCUGAUGGAUCAUUACGAGUCACGUUUGCGAGUGGCAUGGAAAUAACUCUCAAUGCAGAACCUCACAUCCUGGCAGGAGUGGUCAGCCCAACACUUGGGAAAUGUAAUAUCUCACUACCAGGAGAGCACAGCCCAAACCUUAUUGAAUGGCGACAAAGAAAGGAGCAAAACAAAGGCAACAUGUCUGCAUUUGAGAGGCGUUUGAGGGCUCAUAACAGAAACUUGUUGUCCAUUGAUUUUGACCACAUCACCAGAACUGGAAAGAUCUAUGAUGACCACAGGAAAUUUACUCUCAGAAUCCUUUAUGAUAAAACCGGUCAUCCUGUCCAGUGGUCACCAAGCAGCAAGUACCAUGAUGUUAAUAUAACUUAUUCCCCUUCUGGUCUUGUUACCUACAUUCAAAGAGGAACCUGGACAGAGAAAAUAGAGUACGAUCAGAAUGGAAAGGUGGUUUCCAGAAUCUGGGCCAAUGGCAAAAUCUGGAGCUAUACAUACUUGGAAAAAACUAUAAGCCUCCUUUUGCAUAGCCAGCGGCGCUAUAUUUUUGAAUAUGAUCAUUCGGACUAUCUUGCUUCAGUAACAAUGCCUAACAUGGUGCGCCACAGUUUGCAAACAAUGCUCUCGGUUGGGUAUUACAGGAACAUUUACAGCCCACCUGACAGUGCUGGCUCUUUCAUUCAAGAUUUCACUGGAGACGGGCGGCUUUUGCAAACUUUAUACCUUGGGACAGGACGGAGAGUGCUUUAUAAAUACACCAAACAAACGAAGCUCUCUGAAAUCAUCUACGACACCACCCAGGUCACAUUUACUUACGAGGAAACCUCUGGAGUCAUUAAAACAAUCCACCUAAUGCAUGAGGGAUUUGUUUGCACUAUCAGAUAUAGGCAGACAGGUCCCCUCAUUGGACGCCAGAUCUUUAGAUUUAGUGAAGAAGGGCUUGUCAAUGGCAGGUUUGACUACAGCUACAAUAACUUUCGAGUUACCAGUAUGCAAGCCAUGAUUAACGAGAUACCUCUUCCUAUAGACCUGUAUCGGUAUGUAGAUGUCUCUGGAAGGACGGAGCAGUUUGGAAAAUUCAGCGUCAUCAAUUAUGAUUUAAACCAAGUCAUCACAACCACAAUGAUGAAACACACAAAGAUAUUUAGCUCAAGUGGACAAGUCAUUGAGGUGCAGUAUGAAAUACUUAAGGCUAUUGCUUACUGGAUGACUAUCCAGUAUGAUAAUAUGGGUCGUAUGGUAAUUUGUGACAUACGAGUAGGAGUUGAUGCUAAUAUAACUAGAUAUUCUUACGAAUAUGAUCCAGAUGGCCAACUUCAAACAGUGUCUGUGAAUGAGAAGACUCAAUGGCGUUACAGUUAUGACCUUAAUGGAAAUAUUAACCUACUCAGCCAUGGCAACAGUGCUCGUCUUACACCACUGAGGUAUGAUAUUGGAGAUCGUAUUACCAGACUGGGAGAAAUUCAGUAUAAAAUGGAUGACGAUGGAUUCCUCAGACAAAGAGGCAAUGACAUAUUCGAGUACAACUCAAAUGGUCUUCUGAGCAAGGCUUAUAACAAGGUUGCAGGUUGGAAUGUGCAUUACCGUUAUGAUGGUUUAGGAAGACGUGUUGCGAGCAAAUCAAGUACAGGAUCCCAUCUACAAUUCUUUUAUGCAGAUCUGGCAAAUCCAAUAAGAGUUACACAUUUAUACAAUCACUCUAGUUCUGAGAUAACAUCACUUUAUUAUGACCUUCAGGGUCACCUAAUUGCCAUGGAACUAAGCAGUGGGGAUGAAUAUUAUGUUGCCUGUGACAAUACAGGAACACCUCUGGCCGUUUUCAGCAGUCGUGGCCAAGUAAUAAAGGAGAUUCUAUAUACUCCAUAUGGCGAUAUCUAUCAAGACACCAACCCAGAUUUUGAGGUCAUCAUUGGGUUUUAUGGAGGACUGUAUGAUUCCCUCACCAAACUUGUGCACCUUGGACAGAGAGAUUAUGAUGUUGUAGCUGGACGAUGGGCCACCCCUAAUCACCAAAUUUGGAAUAAACUAAACACAAGCCCCAGACCUUUUAAUUUAUAUUCAUUUGAAAACAACUAUCCAGUUGGCAAAGCACUAGACGUGGCACAGUAUACCACAGAUAUUGGAAGCUGGCUGGAGCUAUUCGGAUUUCAGUUACACAAUGUCCUCCCUGGAUUUCCAAAACCAGAAACAAAGGACUUUGAGUCAACAUAUGAGUUGCAACAACUACAAACAAAAACACAGGAAUGGGAUCCUGGAAAGACUAUCCUUGGUAUUCAGUGUGAGCUAAAGAAGCAGCUUCGAAACUUCAUUUCUUUAGAUCAACUUCCGAUGGCGCCAAAACAAAAUGAGGGAAAGUGCCAUGGAAAUGUCAAAUAUCCCAGGUUUGCAGCAGUUCCAUCUGUUUUUGGCAAAGGUAUAAAAUUUGCUAUUAAAGACGGGAUUGUGACAGCUGAUGUCAUUGGAGUCGCCAAUGAAGACAGUCGACGCAUCGCUGCUAUUCUUAACAAUGCACAUUACCUGGAAAACCUACAUUUUACUAUAGAAGGAAGGGACACUCACUACUUCAUUAAGUUGGGGUCUCUAGAGGAAGACUUGGCUGUCAUUGGUAACACUGGCGGGGGACGUAUUCUGGAGAAUGGAGUAAACGUCACUGUGUCGCAGAUGACUUCGUCAGUCAAUGGAAGGACUAGAAGGUUUGCUGACAUACAACUUCAGCAUGGUACAUUGUGUUUUAACGUACGUUACGGAACCACCACUGAAGAAGAAAAGAAUCAUGUCUUAGAAUUAGCCAGACAGAGAGCUGUGGCUCAGGCUUGGACUAAGGAGCAGAAGCGGUUGCAGGAAGGAGAGGAAGGCAUACGAGUGUGGACAGAGGGUGAGAAACAGCAGCUCUUAAGCACAGGAAAGGUACAAGGCUAUGAUGGAUAUUUUGUUCUUUCAGUAGAACCGUAUCUAGAACUUUCCGAUAAUGCCAACAACAUUCACUUUAUGAGACAGAGUGAAAUAGGCAGGAGGUAACAAACAAAACAAAACAACCUCUUUGCCUUUGCGUCACCAAAGACUGCCUGUUUUUAAACAUAAAAUGGUUUAUUGUAUUGAUUUUCUAGAUCAGAUCUCUGUAUAUGUAAAUAUGAAGAAAACAUAUCCAACUGCCUUUAAAUGUGACAAAAGAUGGUAUUUUAAUAUUGUUAGUUUUAAUGAUGUCACCCUUUCAGCACUUGAGGGGUCAAACGGUUCAAUGCUAAGCAGCGCGCUAAAGGCUUCUCGGGUGCUCAUGGGAUUUAGAAUGACGGUGAAGCUUCAUAAAUUUCGUGUGGCGCUAUUCCAAAUUUGUGCUCGCAUAUUAAACACUACAAAGUUGCCACUAUUUCUGGAGACUAGAGCUUAUGUGAUUAUAGCGUUUCUAGGCAAAAAUAAAUAAAUAAUAAAAUCUACCUAUCAAGUAUUAGCAAGUAUUUGAUGAAAUAAUGCGUAACGCUAGAGAACCUUUGUCAUUCUUUCUUUCUUUCUUUUUCCAUAAAUGAACAUAUUUCACAAUACAAA